AGACUGUACAUGCAUUAGUAUUUUGCUUGGCCUUACUCAAAAGCAAAAGAAAAGGGAAAAAAAAGUAAUAAGAACAAAGGAAAAGAUUGUCUUGAUUUUAAAAUCAUGCAAAAACUGCAAAUCUAUGUUUCUAUUUACCUUUUUAUGCUGAUUGUGGCUGGUCCAGUGGAUCUAAAUGAGAACAGCGAGCAAAAAGAAAAUGUGGAGAAAGAGGGGCUGUGUAAUGCAUGUACUUGGAGACAAAACACUAAAUCUUCAAGAAUAGAAGCCAUAAAAAUUCAAAUCCUCAGUAAACUUCGCCUGGAAACGGCUCCAAACAUCAGCAAAGAUGCUAUAAGACAACUUUUACCCAAAGCUCCACCACUCCGGGAACUGAUUGAUCAGUACGAUGUGCAGAGAGAUGACAGCAGCGAUGGUUCUUUGGAGGAUGAUGAUUAUCACGCUACAACGGAAACAAUUAUUACCAUGCCUACAGAGUCUGAUUUCCUAACGCAAGUGGAAGGAAAACCCAAGUGUUGCUUCUUUAAGUUUAGCUCUAAAAUACAAUACAAUAAGGUAGUCAAAGCUCAACUGUGGAUCUAUCUGAGACCUGUCAAGACUCCUACAACCGUGUUUGUACAAAUCCUGAGACUCAUCAAACCCAUGAAAGACGGUACAAGGUAUACUGGAAUCCGAUCUCUGAAACUUGACAUGAACCCAGGCACUGGUAUUUGGCAGAGCAUUGAUGUGAAGACAGUGUUGCAAAAUUGGCUCAAACAACCUGAAUCCAACUUAGGCAUUGAAAUCAAAGCUUUAGAUGAGAAUGGUCAUAAUCUUGCUGUAACUUUCCCGGGACCGGGAGAAGACGGGCUGAAUCCUUUUUUAGAGGUCAAGGUAACAGACACACCAAAAAGAUCUAGGCGAGAUUUCGGUCUUGACUGUGAUGAGCACUCAACUGAAUCACGCUGCUGUCGUUACCCUCUCACUGUGGACUUCGAAGCUUUCGGAUGGGAUUGGAUUAUUGCACCCAAAAGAUACAAGGCCAACUACUGCUCUGGAGAGUGUGAAUUUGUAUUUUUACAAAAAUAUCCUCACACACAUCUGGUACACCAAGCAAACCCCAGAGGUUCAGCAGGUCCUUGCUGUACUCCAACCAAGAUGUCUCCAAUUAAUAUGCUGUAUUUUAACGGCAAAGAACAAAUAAUAUAUGGGAAAAUUCCAGCCAUGGUAGUAGAUCGAUGUGGAUGCUCAUGAGAUUUACAUUAGCUUCAUGACUUCCCAAAAUAUGGAAGACUGUCCCCUCAGUAAUUUUGAAACUGUGAAAUUAUGUACCAUAGGCUAUAGGCCUACCGUUUGCUAUAGUCACUUAUGCACAAGCUACCGUGCAUGAACUUGGAGAAUAUAGGCAAUGGUUGGCAUUUAACCAUCAAAAUAAAUCAUACAAGAAAAAGUUGUAUGAUUUCUAGAGUUUUGGAACUAGGAGGAAAAUGAAAGCAAAUGUAUGUUCAUGUAUAUUACAACAUAUGCAAGUAAAUGAAAGCAAUUCU